AUGAAAGGUUUGAGAGAAUGGCUGGUUACACCAUCAUUGCGCAAAUACGCUUCAGUUAAUCAAGAUAAACCGACGAGGAGCUUCAAAUUAACAGACUCAGCAUUAGCAGGCGCCAUAGGAGGUGGUUCUUGGAAUUAUCAUUUGCGUGGUAAAGCGGGUGUAGUACCAGGAAUCUUGACAGCAGUUGUUGUCUGUACAGCCGGACAAGUAGCUGCCAACGAGGUACGCGUGCAACGGAUAAACUACAUCCUCAGACGGAAAGAGAGAGAAGAGCAAGACAAGACGAAGGAGGUACGAGUCGUCGAAAGACCAUUACAGCCGGCGCCACAAGAGCCUCCAAAGCAUAGUUGGUUGGAUAGGUUCAAAUUCUAUAGAGUGCCUGAUGAGGAGUAUCUCAACAAGCUUAAGGAUAAGUCAGACCAAACCAAAUCGUCUAUAAUGGCAAUCGAGCAACGGAUGAACGAGCUGAAGUUGUUGCUAGAUGAGGAGCAUGAAGUUUAA